UAUCUUUGUAGGAUUAAACCUAAAAGGUCUACUCUAAAAAGGGGAAAAAAACUGUAACAUGAAAAGUUGCUGGAUUAAAGAUAAAGAUAUAAUGCACUUGUGGAGGGAAAUGUAUUUUCUACCAGUUUGUGGGAUUUUUCUGCUGCUUAUGCAACCUGGAGCUGCUUCAGGCCCAGAGGGGAGUGCAAAUCUUAUUUUUAGCAAAGAAGAAGAUGAUGUGUGUCCAGAGGGGAAGUACUUCACUCGGCAGCUUUGUCUAGACUGCCCAUCAGGUCAUUUUUGCCCUGGAAAUGUGUCUGCACCUAAUCGAUGCCCAGCAGGAACAUUCAACCUCUACACAGGAAAAAGCAGCAUGAAUGACUGUAAGCCCUGUUUCUCAGGCCUGAUCAGUUCAGAGGACAGAGUGGAUUGUCGGCUGUGUCCUGCAGGCUUUUCAUGUGACCCGGCCAAUGGAACACUAUACUUAUGCCCAGCAGGACAACAUUCACCUGAAGGGGUCCUGCAGUGUCUGACCUGCCCUUUUGAUUCUGUAUGCACCUUUGGGCUCCCUUAUAAGUGUGGACCUGGAAAGGAGCCCAACAUGAAUCACUCUGAAUGUAUUGAGUGUUUCCCAGGUUUUUACUCCUCUGUCUGUACUGUUCGGUGUCAGCAAUGUCCAGCAGGAAGUUACUGUCCAGACAGUGGGAUGUCACAACCACUCCUUUGUCCUCCUGGUUGGUCCUCCACACCUGGACAGACUUCCUGCCGUAGAUGUAAUGAUACAUCUUUGCUGUGCAGGGGAGCUCUGGCACCUAGCUGGACCCAAUCUGUCCUCAGAUCUGGUCAAACCAACACCUGUAGACCAGGGACAUACAAACCGGAGAAGGAAGAUGGAACAUGUGUUACCUGUUCAAGAGGUCAUUACUGCGUGGGAGGUGUGGCUAUACCCUGUCCUGCAGGGACCUAUGGUCCUAAAGAAGGUCUGCAGAGACUGAAAGACUGUUUAAUCUGCCCUGCUGGGUUUUACUGUCUGGAAGGUAGCUCACAGAGACCCACCUCCCAGUUCAUGUGCCCACGGGGCUAUUACUGUGAAGAGGGCACCGCCACCCCUCAUGGGUCACCUUGUCCUGCUGGUACAUCAGGAGAACAACUGGGUCAGACAAGUAGGGCGGCAUGUAAAAGAUGCAAAGAGGGACGCUUCUGUCCUGCAGGCUCUUCAGGUCCGGGUUUGCCCUGCGCUAGAGGAAGGUUCUGCCCAGCUGGUACAUUAGAGGAAGUGACUUGUCCAUCAGGCACCUUCACUCCUCAUCAAGGAGCAAUAAGUGUGAAGGAUUGUCUUAAGUGUCCAGCUGGUUUCUACUGUCCAGAGGGGACAAGUGACCAGGUGCCCUGUCCGCCAGGGUCCUUCAACCCCUUAGAGGGGCAGGAUGAGGUGGCUGAUUGCAGGGAAUGCUACGCUGGAAAAGCCUGCACACAGAUAGCCUUACGGGCUCCUGAUGUAGACUGCAUGCCUGGGUUUGUGUGCCCUCCUGGUUCAUCGAAGCCUAAUGCACCUGCCAAUGCCUGCCCACCAGGAACAUUUAGCAAUCGCAUCAAUCUGACAGACCAAUCACAAUGUCAGCUGUGUCCGGCUCGAUACGCCUGUCUAAGAGGAACAGGCGGCAUCCAAAGACCACCUCUUCUUUGUUUUGCUGGCCACUAUUGUCCCCCUGGGACAAUGUUUCCUACGCAGUACAAGUGUCCUGUAGGGACAUGGAGCAGUCAGAGUGGACUGGAGGCUGAAACAGAGUGCCAGCCCUGCCCUCGAGGUUGGUACUGCUUGGCAGGGUCUGCAGCUCCAUCAGGCCGAUGUAACUCUGGACACUACUGUCCUGAAGGGACAGCAUAUGGCUUCCAGUAUCCUUGUCCCCCAGGCACUUACAGCAUUCAAAUGGGCAACAGAUACAUAGAGGACUGCUUGAUUUGUCCCGAAGGCUCCUUCUGUCAAAUGGGAACCUCCAAACCGUCCCCUUGCCCUCCCUCUUCAUUCCGCCGCCUGAAAGGAGGUCGAAGGCUGGAAGACUGCUCUCCUUGCCCUGCUGGCUAUUUUUGUCCCCACUCAGCCACUAUCUACCCCAGAGUCUGUGGAGCUGGCAGCUACUCUGAUGAAGGCUCUGUGGAGUGCUCUCCAUGCCUACAGGGUCACUACUGCAGUAAUGAGACCACAAGCGAGGAGGCCAUGCUGAGUGUCAUGGUUUGCCCACCUGGUUUCCUUUGCUCACAGGGUUUGGCCAGAGACCCUCAGAGAUCAGCCACGCUAUGUCCUCGAGGUUUCUACUGCCCUGGUGGAGGCAUUGACCCUAACCCCAUCCCGUGCCCUAAUGGGACAUACAGUGCGUCUCCUGGUCUGCGUGAUGUAUCCCAGUGUGUUCAGUGUCCCGAGGGGAAGUAUUGUUACACCCAGCUGCCUCAGGAGCAGCCAAUCACCAAGCCUACAGAGCCAUGUCCCGAUGGCCACUAUUGUCCGCCAGGGACCGGCCAUCCCCACACCUACCCCUGUCAGGUCGGCAGGUUCAGGAACAACACAUUUGGUCACACUGGAGAGGCCUGCGUUUUGUGUCCAUCUGGACAUUUCUGCAACAAAAUAGGCACUGAUUCGCCUAUACCUUGUCCUCAGGGGUUUUACUGUCCAGAUGGCUCUUCUACUCCCAGGCCUUGCCCUGAGGGAACCUACAGCUCACAUUUUUCCCUCAGUGAUGUCUUAGAGUGCACCCCAUGUGGUGGUGGCCAGUAUUGUACUGGUUUUGGACUAACAGAGCCUUCUGGAAGCUGCAAGGAGCGUUUCUACUGCAGAGUGGGAGCCAAGUCCGCAACUCCAGUUGAUGGACCAACAGGAGGUUUAUGUCCCCCCGGAGGUUACUGUCCUCAGGCUUCAACCUCUCCCCUCCCCUGUCCGUCUGGCACUUUCAGCAACAGUAGUGGCCUCAGCAGCCCUGAAGAAUGUAUUAGCUGUCCACCUGGGUUUUAUUGCUUAGGUUCCAACAAUACCUCACCCUCAGGACCUUGUUUUCCUGGUUUCUACUGUACUGGGGGAUCUUCUUCACCAGUACAGAAUGAAGUAAAAGAAGGUUUUUAUUCCUUGGAGGGAGCAGCGAAGCCAGAGCCGUGUCCUCUAGGCACUUUUCAGCCGAGCCGAGCUGCAAGUUCUUGUGUGGCGUGUCAGGAAGGAAGGCUGUGCAAUCAAACAGGCCUAUCCCAACCAUCAGUCUGCCCCGCAGGACACUACUGCCCUCCUGGUUCCUCAACUCCCCGGCCAUGCCCUUCAGGCACCUACUCUGACCAGCUAAGUGGUGGAGAUGUGAAGCAUUGUCGACCAUGUGAGGCAGGUUUGUUCUGUAGCAGAGCUGGCCUCUCCAAACCACAAGGUCUCUGUGACCCAGGUCACUAUUGCACUUCUGGAGCCACCUCAAGUUCCCCAAUAGCUGUAGCCACUGGUGACGUGUGUCCUGCCGGCUACUUCUGUCCACGGGGAACCAAGUAUCCACAGCAGCACCCCUGUCCUAUAGGGACCUGGAGAAUCUCAGUCGGAGGCCAGAACCUGUCCUCCUGUUGGCCCUGCCCACCUGGAUUCUACUGCAACAGCACUGGGCUCAGUCAGCCGUCUGGAAUAUGUGACCCUGGUUAUUUCUGCUCAGGAGGAGCAAAGUUUUCAAAGCCUUUUGAUGGGUUGACAGGGGACAUAUGUCCGACUGGACACUAUUGUCCCUUAGCUUCAGCUUUUCCAAUCCCAUGCCCUGAUGGGACAUACUCAAACAGUUCAGGAGCAGAGGUGUGCGUAGAAUGUCCAUCUGGGACAUACUGUCUGUCUGGAGAGGAUGUCCAGCUCUGUCCAGCAGGUCACUAUUGUCUUGGUGGGGGAGUGGAAGGCAUCUUGCCCUGCCCUCCUGGUACCUACAGCCCUCAGCUUGGUCUUCGUCAAGUGGAACAGUGCCUCAUUUGUCCAGCAGGUUCCUACUGUGAUGAUUGGGGGCUGUUUGAACCUACUGGACUCUGUCAGCCUGGAUACUACUGCUUAGCAGGUGUAGACUCAGAGAACCCAGACGGCAACUUCAGCACCGGUAUCGGAGGAGCAUGUCCGCAAGGCAGCUACUGUCCUGAGGGCACCAGUGUCCCUCUGCCCUGUCCACCCGGGACUUACUCUGACAGGCUUUACUUGACAGAAGCCUCUGGCUGCAGUCUGUGUCCAGGAGGUCAAUACUGUGGCACUGCAGGACUAACUACUCCAUCUGGUCUGUGUCAGGCAGGGUCCUAUUGUCCAGGUGGAGACACAACUAGCACAGGGUCUGAAGGAGGACUUUGCCCAACUAGUCAUUAUUGCCCCUCUGGAAGCUUCAGCCCAGUGGCCUGCCCAGCUGGAACCUACAACAACCUCACAGGUCAGCCAGCAUGUUUCCGAUGCCCAGCAGGAUAUUACUGUCCGGAGAAGACUGACAACUUCACCAACUUCCCCUGUCCCCCUGGGUUCUACUGUCCUGAUGGAACUAAGUAUGCCACCCAGUUUCCUUGUCCUCGUGGAUACUACAACCCAGAGCCUAUGACUCAGAGUCUGGACAGCUGCCUACCUUGUCCACCAGGACACUACUGUGAGAAGGAACGGCUUACCAAAGUGUCUGGAAAAUGCAAGGCUGGUUGGUUCUGUGUGUCAGCAGCAUGGAACUCUCAGCCCUUUGACCUUGAUAAUUACACAAACGCCAACUGUCUGUGCCCAGCUACCUCCACAGGUGGGCGCUGUCAAGAGGGCUUUUAUUGUCCUCUGGGAAGCUCUGAGCCUAUACCUUGUCCAUCGGGAACCUUUUGUAAUAAAUCAGGUUUAGCUUUGCCAGUGGGACCUUGCUCUCCUGGGUAUUAUUGUGUUGGAGGAGCUACUGAGGCCAGACCAACUGAUGGGGUAACAGGCAACAUCUGUCCUCCUGGGACCUACUGUGUGGAGAGUUCAGGAGAGCCAGAGUUGUGUCCACCUGGAAGCUUCUCUCCACUAUCUGGUCUAACUAAUGAGGCUAGCUGUCAGCCGUGUACGGCAGGUUUCUACUGUGAAGAAGCAGGUCUCAGGACUCCUACUGGACCUUGCAGACAAGGAUAUUGGUGUCCUCCUGGUCAAAGUGUGGCAACAGCUCUUUCGUGUCCUACUGGUCACUACUGCUUAGAGGGCAGUUCAGCUCCAGAGCCCUGUCCAUCAGGAACAUACCAAGAUAGGGAAAAACAGGGAUCUUGCAUAAUAUGUGAGGCUGGUUACUACUGUGAUUUGAGAGUGGGUCCUGUGAACACUUCCUUGCCCAGACCCUGUCCUAAAGGACAUUACUGUCCAGAAGGUACAGGCUCAGCCAACAAACACCCCUGCCCUAUUGGCUCCUUUAACCCUAGAGAGGAUACAGGCAGCUCAGAAGGGUGCCUCCCAUGUCCCCCUGGACACUACUGCGCUUCUGUUGGACUCUCAGAGCCUACAGGACCAUGCAAUGCUGGAUAUUUUUGCAAACUUGGAUCAUUCUCACCUUCCCCCAAGGAUGACUUCUCAGGCUCUCUGUGCCCUCCUGGUUAUUACUGCUCUUCAGGCACUGCAGCCCCCCAAGCCUGCCCUGAGGGAAGUUGGUCAAACAGCUUGGGCUUGCGUAGCCAGGAAGAUUGUAAAGCUUGUUUGGGGGGAUAUUUUUGUGACUCUGCUGGCCUUACUAAACCUAGUGGAUUGUGUAGUGAAGGAUAUUACUGCUUGGGGGGAGCUGUCAUAUCUACCCCCAUUGAUGGAAUUUCAGGAGGACCCUGUCCUGAGGGUCACUACUGCCCUGAGGGAACAGUUAAACCUUUGCCUUGUGAUCCAGGGACUUAUGUAGCUAUAACACAUGCAAGUCAGUGUGAGCUUUGUCUCCCAGGCUGGUUCUGUGUGUCUGGCUCUCUGCACCUCUGUCCUGCAGGAUUUUACUGUCCUGAAGGGACUGGAUUUACCUUAAGAAGUUGUCCAGAAGGAACCUAUGGUCCAGAUCCUGGCUACUGGUCUGUCUCCCAGUGCAGACAAUGUGAUGGAGGCCAUUACUGCUCCUCCAAAAAUGCCACAGCUGUCACUGGACCGUGCCAGGAAGGAUACUACUGUUCACAUGGAAACAUCUCUCCCCAGCCUCUCUCACAGGCUGCAGACGAGCGUCUCUUACCAGGAGGAGGAGGAGGACUUUGUCCAGUUGGACACUACUGUCCCCAGGCCACCAUUCAUCCUCAGCCCUGUCCUCCAGGAACAUUCUCUAACAUCACCAAAGCUGUGUCCAAGGAGGAUUGUCAGCCAUGUUCCCCGGGUUACUACUGUGACUCAGUGGGGCUCUCAGCACCUUCAGGAAAAUGCUGGAAAGGAUUCUUCUGCGCUGAGGGUGCAGAUCGUCCUGACCCUCCUUUCAAAGACAACCGCGGAGGUCCAUGCCCAAAAGGUUAUUACUGUUCAGGGGGUUCUGCAGCUCCUCAACCCUGCCCCCUGGGAACCAUCAGUGCAGAAGAUGGCCAAGCCAGCUGCAGUGUCUGUCCCCAGGGAUUUUAUUGCCCUGGCAACAAUAACAACUCUCUGCUGGAGAGUUUGGAGUGUCCAUUGGGUCAUUACUGCCCGACCGGGACUUGGUCCAAAUUCCAGUUCCCAUGUCCAGCUGGAACUUUCAACCCUCGCACUCAGAUGACAAAACCCCAGGACUGCUUGCCAUGCCCUCCAGGCUCGUUCUGUGCAACUCCUGGCAAAGCUGCUGCAUCAGGCCUCUGUAGUGCAGGGUACUACUGUAUUUCUGGUGCUUGGUCGCCCACACCAGAGGAUGGAGGGGUGACUGGUGGUAGAUGUCCUGAAGGACAUUACUGCACUCAGGGCUCCUCUGCACCUCUUCCCUGUCCUUCAGGACAUUACAGCAACAAAAGCAGAAACAGUCAUAUCACUGACUGCCUGCCUUGUCCUCCAGGUUUUCUUUGUAUCAGUAGAGGGCUCUCUUUUCCUUCUCAUAUUUGUCCAGCUGGAUUUUACUGUCCAAGCAGUGAAAACAGCAACUGGCAGGACAGUAUCACCUGCUCACCUGGAAGUAAAUGUCCACCUGGAUCUAAUAGGCAGUUGUCCUGCUUGCCUGGGACUUAUCAAAACUUGCCCGGUCAGGCAGACUGUAUUGAAUGUCCAGCUGGAUUUUUUUGUCCUGGUUCGAUCAAUGCAGAUGCUGGCAAUGUGUCAGGAACUCAAACUCCCAUGCCUUGUCCUAAAGGACAUUAUUGCCCACCUGGAACCCAGACUGGUGUAGCAUUCCCAUGCCCAGCUGGCACUUUCAGCAACCAGAUGGGGUUGUCCAAUAAGUCAGACUGUGAGCUCUGCCCACCUGGGAGAUACUGCAGUUCCUCUGGUCUAGCUGCUCCCUCUGGGGUCUGCUCUCCUGGUUUCCUUUGUAUCCAAGGCUCUGUUUCCUCCCAACCAGAGGAGGGUCCAACAGGACGGCCAUGCUCUGCUGGGUUCUACUGUCCACAGGGAACAAACUACAUGGUUCCUUGCCCUGCUGGCACCUUUAGCUCCAUAGCAGGUGCAGUGUCUCAAGAAGUAUGUCAGCCAUGUUUGCCCGGCCACUACUGUGCGAAGCCAGGAGCAUCUUCUCCAUCUGGACUCUGCAACCCUGGUUUCUUCUGUAGAGAGGGAUCAGCAGCUGCCUCACCUUCGGGAAAUACCACUACAGUAGCAUUUUCAACCCAAAUUGGUGAUGAUACAGCCCAUGGAGACGUCUGUCCUGCAGGUUAUUACUGUCCAAAAGGCAGCGCAAAACCACAACCCUGUCCUCCAGGAUACCUGUGCCCACCUGGCUAUGCUUGUCCAGAUGGCAGCGCAGAGCCAGUCAUCUGCAGUCAGGGCACUUUUCAGUCUUUAUCUGGACAGUCAGUUUGUGAGAGCUGCCCACCAGGUUUUUAUUGUGUGGAAGGUUCUUCUGUUCCUUCUCCGUGUCCAUUGGGCUAUGUCAGUCCAUUAGCUGACAGGAUGUCCCUGGGUGACUGCUUGCCCUGCCCCUCCGGCUACUUUUGUAACAGCAGCGCACUGACAGAACCGUCUGGACCCUGCAGCCCAGGGCAUUUUUGUUCCCAGGGCUCUGUGGAGCCUUCACCUCUCUCCCAGCCAUAUGGUGAUAUUUGUCCCAUGGGACACUUCUGUCCUCUGGGAAGUACGUCCCCUCAACCCUGUCCUGUUGGUAGUUUCCUUCCAGAUGUCGGAGCUUCAUCCGUGUCCCACUGCCGUCCUUGUCCCCCAGGGAGAUACUGCCUAACUCCUGGAGCUUUGAAACCUUCAGGUUUAUGUUCUACAGGGUACUUCUGUUCUGGAGGUGCUGACAGCCCCACACCACGAGCCAAAUCCUCGGAUUUUAAUUGUCUUGGGGAAAUCUUAGACCUUUACUCAACUGAAAUAGAUGUUGCCUUGUGGAUGUACAACUUUUCCUGCUCUAACUUCUAUGCUAAACCUGCUGCAAGGAGAAACACUACCUGGAUCAAAGUAGAUGCUGUGCCACGGGCACAUUUGGAUAACAAUGUGAAUCACUCAGCAGAACAUCUCAAGAGUCCACAUUAUGCAUGUUCCACCUACAAAGGAGAUAUAUGUCCUAAGGGUUUCUAUUGUCCUUCUGGAUCUGCUUACCCUAAGCUGUGUGAUGUUGGAUUUUACUGUAACCAAACUGGUCUAGAUGCACCAACGGGGCCCUGCAUAGCUGGUUAUUACUGUCCUUGGGGCUCCUCUGACUCUUUUGUCAACCCCUGCCCCUUCGGACACUACUGCCCAGUUGGAACACCACUUCCAAUCCCCUGCCCUAUAGGAUCCAUUAAAAAUUCCCUCGGUGGAUCCACAGUGGAGACAUGUAAGCUGUGUCCUCCAGGUCACUACUGCGCUAAGGAAGGGCAGACUGAGCCGAGUGGCCACUGUGCAGAAGGCUACUAUUGUCCUGAAGGACAGAGUUCUCAAAGACCACAACUACAUGUCUGCUCACUGGGACAUUAUUGUGAGAAGGGCAGUGUGAGGCAGACACCUUGCAAUCCUGGCAGUUACCAGCAGAGACAAGGCCAAGGGACCUGUGAAACAUGUCCCCCAAGUUUCUACUGUCAAGAUCAGGGAAUGAGUCAUCCACUUCCCUGUAAAAGGGGAUUUUACUGCCCCCCUGCAUCAGUGAAUCCACGCCCCUGUCCCUCAGGGACCUAUGGAAACGUGUCAGGACUUGCAGAGAAGUUCCAGUGCACGCCAUGUGACCCUGGCAUGUACUGCAAAGGAACAGGGAGAACUGUUCCCAGCGGGCUUUGUGCUGAGGGCUACAUUUGUAUUGAAGGAGCCUCUGAACAUUCGCCAGCAGACAAUCUGACGGGAUUCCAAUGCCCUUCUGGGUAUUACUGCCCCAUGGGAACUUUAGUACCAAAACCUUGCCCUAAAGGAACAUACAGUAAACUCCGUGGGCUGGCAAACAGUUCUCAGUGUCAAAGCUGCUGUCCUGGAUUUUACUGUUCAGAACCUGGUCUCUCUUCAGUCUCUGGACCCUGCCUCCCAGGUUACUACUGUUUAGAGGGGUCUAGAUCUGCCUCUCCUAGUUCAGGUGAAUCUGGAGAUGUUUGUCCAGAAGGCCAUUACUGUCCACAAGGCACCGGUGUUCCUUUACCCUGCCCUCCUGGUUUUUACCAGAACAAUCCUGGAAGCAAAAGCAAAGACGACUGUAAACCCUGUCCGCCUGGAUGGUUUCAGGAAUUAUCUGGCCAGAAAGAGUGUAUUCCCUGUCCUGCCGGGUUCCACUGCCAGGCUCUAAAUCCCUCUCCGAAUAGAGGGACUUCUCUUGGAGUCUCCAGUCCUCUUCCCUGCCCAGCUGGACACAUCUGUCCCAGAGAUGGUCUGGACAGUCAGCUUGUCCCAUGCCCUAAUGGAACCUACAGCUCCAACCAGGGUCUUAUCUCUACAGGUCAAUGCUUAAUGUGUCCUGCAGGUCAGUUCUGUGGAUCAGAAGGUUUGACUGAGCCUUCGGGAUCGUGUGCUGAUGGUUUUCUGUGUCUGAUGGGUGCAAAGGUGCCAAAUCCAACUGACAACAGGACUGGAUCUCUCUGUCCUCCUGGAAUAUUCUGCCAAAAAGGGCUUAGAGCAGGUUAUUGCAAGGCUGGGUUUUAUUGUGACUGGGGUUCCAUCAAGGCAGAUCAGGCUGUGUGUCCAGCUGGUUUCUUUUGCCCCAGUGGAACACCAGUCCUCUUAGCUUGUCCUGCGGGAACAUUUAGCUCGGAAUUGGGCAACACUCAUCAAGACAACUGCAGCACCUGUACCCCUGGAUACUACUGUCAAGAUGAAGGUACUGUUCAGCCAGUACAUUGUCCUGUUGGUCAUUACUGUCCUGCAGGGCAGAUUUUAGCUCAAGAAUACCCAUGCCCACCUGGUACAGUACAAAGUCGACUCGGAGCCUCCAGUCCUGAUACUUGCAGUCCCUGCCCUGCUGGAAUGUUCUGCUUUCAAUUUGGUCUGUCACAGCCCUCAGGUCUGUGUCAAGAAGGAUAUUACUGUCCUGCAGGAUCAACCAGUCCAAAUUCCACAGAUGAGGGUAUAUCAACCAACAGCCGUGUUUGUCCGUCUGGUCAUUACUGCCCAUCUGGCACCCGCCAUCCCCUUCCCUGCCCUAUUGGUUCUCUUGCAAUUUCCAAAGGACUUAAAGCAGUGGAAGAAUGUCCACCCUGCCCUCCUGGAUUGUAUUGUGACAGACCUGCAAUUUCAGAUCUUUCAAUCAUUUUGCCAUGUCAUGCUGGUUAUGUGUGUUUGAGAGGAAGCUCCAGUCCCACUCCAUCCGAUGACUCUCAUGGCUACAUCUGCCCUGCUGGACACAGCUGUCCUGUUGGUGCAGUGAGUGAAAUGCCCUGUGAGGCUGGAACUUACAGUCCCGCCCCCGGUGCUGCUCAAUGCAAGCUCUGCCUAAGAGGAACCAUGUGUCCUUCUUCAGCUACUCAAGAGCCGUCUACCUGUCCAACUGGCCAUUUCUGCCCUGCUGGGACGGGGUUGCCUGAGGCAUGCCCUAGAGGUACUUUCAAUAACCAAACAGGAGCUUAUUCUCUCUCUGCCUGCUUGCCAUGUCCUUCUGGAGAGUACUGUAGCUCAUAUGGAGCCUCUACUCCGCAAGGUCCAUGUUUGCAGGGCUACUUUUGCCAAGGUGGAGCUACAGGGCCAACACCUGAGAGCUCUGAAACCUUCCCAAAGAAUGGACCCUGUCCUGUUGGGCACUAUUGCCCAGCGGGGUCCAUAACCCCAGUUCAAUGCCCUGCUGGAAGUGUCCGCAAUUCAACUGGAGGUGUUUCCAUGGAAAGCUGCAUUGCCUGUCCUGCUGGCCACUAUUGCUCUUCUGAGGGCCUGGCUAGUCCUAGUGGCCCAUGCUCUGCUGGUUUUUACUGUCCAUUUGACUUCUCCUCAACCACUCCAUAUGCCUUUCUUUGUCCAAAGGGUCACUUCUGUCCUGAAGGAUCUGCAAUGGCCUUGCCAUGUCCAACCGGAGAAUACCAACCAAACCCGGGCUCAGAGAACUGCAUCCCGUGCCGCCCUGGAUUCUUCUGUGAAGAAGCCAUAGUGGGCGACCCCUGGCCCUGCCCUCCACACUCAUUUUGCCCUGCAGGGACCAUGGUUCCCCACCCCUGCCCUGAUGGGACAUACACCCAUUCAAACCAGAGUGGGUUGCAGGAAGAGAAGGAGUGUUUGCCCUGCCCUCCAGGGAGGUACUGCAGGGCUGGUAAGAUCCAGGGUGAUUGUGCUGCAGGAUAUUUAUGCAUUUCUGGAAGUGUAGAUUUCACCCCUCAGGGAUCAACGUAUAACACGACCCACUGUGAGUGGGGCGUGCAGUGUGCAGGCCUGUGUCCACCAGGCUUUUAUUGUCCUCAAGGUACAGAACAAGCUCAUCCAUGUCCUGCAAACACAGUCAGCAUUUCCUCUGGGGCGAUGAGUCUAAAGGACUGUUCACCCUGCCCACCAGCGUAUUGGUGCAAAGCUGGAGACCCAGUACUUCAUCUGUGUCCAGCUGGUCAUUACUGUGAUGGUCUGCCUGGAAUUGACUUCAGUGGUGGUACUGGACCCCGGCCAUGUCCUAUGUUCACUUUUCGAGCUUCCCCGGGAGCGGGAAGCAAGGGUGAUUGCCGCCCCUGUCCUCCAGGUUCACACUGCAAUAGAACAGGACUCACAGAGUAUACCAGCAGUCCCUGUCCACCUGGCUUCUGGUGCAGUGGGACUGGACCACCCAUCUUCUGCCCAGCAGGGACCAGGAGACUGUUUCCUGGAGCUGCUACACCCAACCAGUGUGAACCCUGUGCAGGGGGAACCUUCUGCCCUGACCCUCACAUUACAGGAAAGCCCAACCUGGAAGGAACCCCCUGCAGGGCCUCAUAUCAGUGCCCCAUCGGAGCGGUUUCAGAGAUGUUAUGCAGAGCUGGCUCGUACUGUGGACCUCAGACUGCUGAGCCUCAGAUAUGUCCAGAAGGUUAUAUUUGCCCGGAGGGAUCAUAUUCAUAUGACAACCCUAAACAAAAAUGCCCAUUUCCCUACUACUGCCCUGCCAACAGCUCUACAAUGAAAUCCUGUCCUGGAGGAUCCAUGCCUGUCAGUACCAGCGGCCUCAGAGGACCAAACAAUAGCUGUAGCUUGUGUGGAGGUGGAACUUAUCGUCCAUACCUUUCCACAAGUCUGCAGUGCGCUCCAUGUCCACAGGGAUACUACUGCCCCAAAGGCACAGAAAAUUACAACAGCAAUCCCUGCCCUCGUGGAUAUUUCUGUGGAAAAGGAUACACCCAGCCAAAGCCCUGCCCACCUGGCACUUUUGGUAACCUGACUCAUGCAGAGGACACGAACGACUGUCACCCUUGUCCUGCCAACACCUUCAAUCACCUGCCUGCUCAGAGGGCCUGCUUUCCAUGUGGCAGUUCCUCCACCUCAUUACCUGGGUCUUCUACGUGUACCUGCACUGGGAAGAAUCGAGCCUUCCAAUAUUCUGAUGGGUCCUGUUUAUGCAGAACUGGUUUCAUCUACUACAAUGAGCUGGACUUUAAAAGUUCUACUUCUGACAGUAAAUUGGACUGCCAGCCUGAGGUGAACAGACGAUGUAGUACAGGAGAAGUACGAUUAGCAGCCUCCAGGGAGUGUGUCUCACCAUCCCUCCACUCCUGUAAUAUAACCUGUGGAUUACAUGGAGGCACUCUGGAUGUAGAGAUGGGCAUUUGUCUGUGUGAGCGAUAUAUGUCUGCAGAGGAGAUUUGCAAUACCUCCUGCCUUUUCAGGCUUCCUCAGCUGUCUGCCAAGCUCAUGCCGGAUGGAGACUUGCAUAUGAGCCUUAGAGAACAAAACAACAGAGUCUGGAAAAUGACAGUGACAAAUGUUUUAGGCCCAGAUAUCCAUGCACAGACAUCUGGAAAAGUACAUUUGAUGCAGUUUACAUCUGAAGGUGUCUUUGGUUGGAUUCCACUUAAUGGAGACAUUGUUAAUCUUUUCCUUUCAGAACCAGAUUCUAUCUUAAAUGCAAGAUCUAGAAAAAGGAGAGACACUGAAGAGGAUUAUGAUCGGAAUAAUACUGAUGCCCUACCUCGAAUCCAAAAUCCCAUAUCCUGCCUUUCCUCUGGUGACAUGCUAAUUUUUCAUCUAACCAUCAACCAUACUGACCGCCGUCUCAGCCACUUCCCAGUGUACCAUAAGGACCACCUAUUCAACAGUAACCCAAGCUGGGACUUUGGAGCCUUCAGACAUCUGCAGAUCCUGAUGAAGCAAACACAUUUUAACUCCUCAAUGUUUGCCCAUGUUUUUUCAGAAGCGGGAAAGUAUGUGUUUGUGGACAGUGCUGUCCCUCAAUGGAGCAUGGUUGUGGUGGUCAGUGAGGAAGGGACAGAAUGUGACACCAGGGCAGCUACGUUUCAACCUAUGACUCCAGCACACUUGGUCAAAUAUGGGAUUGUAAAACAUCACCAGCUAAACCUUCUGCCUGACUGGGGACUCAUUACUGGGAUCCUGAGCCUUCUGUUGGUCCUAGUUGUAGUCCUGACCACAACCAUGCUGGUUCUACGACCCAGCAACGCAAAGUUCGCCCCCCACUGGAAGAUAAAACCAAAGUGGCGAAGCCUUGGAGAGCCCUUUUGCCCAGCCGAGUGUGUUUGCAGCAGAGAAAGUAUAACAGUCCAGAGUCAAGGUGGCGUUCUUGGUAGCCGUGGUGUAGGUGAGGGAGCAGAAGCCGAGGAGCCUGCAGUAUUGAAGGGAGGAAGCGUGCCAGGCUGCUUUGAUCUGGAGGAGUUCAAUGUGAAGACUCUUUAUGACAAACUAGAAGACCAGAACCUUCACAUUGCCGCCCAGCUGGCCAGACAUCGCAAAGACAUGCAGGAAUUUUAUAGGAGUAUCUGCCAUCAGGCUGAAUCACUGAAGGAUGUCUUUGAAAAUAUGGAUUAUAAAAACCUAAGUGCCCUUAAAGAGAUGCUUGGCCACAAUGCGAUGAACGCCAGACCGUUGCACACUUACAUUGGAGAGAGUGACAAGCAAGUUGAAGCAUAUGUGUCGUUACUGGGAGCUGUUCUUAAAUCAGUUGAUGGUCUCUUAUGCAAGCUGAUGGGAGAAUCUUGGCAACACCAGGAUCUGCAUGGUUUACCAUGUUCUAGAGAUUGUGAGGCUCAGGCUGGAUAUAUGCAUCCUGGAGACACCAAUGUGUGUUUUACAAAGUUUUCCUCAGUGUCUAUGAAUAAAAGAGAAUCUCCUUCUCAUGAGACAGACUGUGAACAGACCACAGCUCCUUGUCUCAGUGAUGACGAUCUAUCCAAAUUGGUAACCAUAUCUCCUUUGUUCAAAACUCUGCAAGAUAUUCUGCAGUCCUUACAGCAGCUCACCAAGGAUGAGUCACAUCAGAAUCUCUGCAAUGGCGCAAAAAUGGAGCUUCCUAUCCAAGAGAACCACGAUGGAAAUCUAAUUCCAACUGCCCUGGAUAGCCUGUCUCCACACCACUCAGCUGUUUACAUGUUUGGCUGCCAUGUGAUGCAGUUGCUUGCAGAUUCCGCCAUGUUCCCCUCUGUGCUUCUUUUACUGGCAAAGUCCGUUCCCUUUUGCUCAUCUCACUAUAACGAGAAUCUCUUGGCUCAUUGCACAGGGGACUUCUAUUUUGAUCCAACCAAUCAAAUCCUUUAUCUGUCAGAGUCAAAGCUUCAGCAUGUGGGGCACUUUAUUGCUAUCAUUCUGCAGUCCAUGGCCCACAUAGCAGUAGGAUCCAAACCCCAAAGGUUUCUGCAAACUCUACAUGAGGCCAUUUCAACUAUAAGCCUUCAGCUUUUCAACCUUUCCUUUAAAUGGAGCUCAGCAGAGCCUAAUUUUGAUGCAUUAGAUGGGCGGCACAGUGCAUUAGUGGAGCAAUUUCUCAAUAUCAGAGUUCCCUCUGAAGCGCGCUUCACUGAGUACCAAUUAGCUAGAAGAUUAGAGAGAUACAAGUAUUUUAAACUGGAGGAUUUUGUCUGCAACCUCAAACAAAGAUCAGAUUUAAAUGCAGGAUUACCACCAAAUGGGACACCACUGCAGAUGUCAUGUGUAGAGGAAGAAAUUGACCGUAUUAGUGAAUCUUUCCUGCAGUUAAGCCUGCAGCUGCAGGAGAGAGCUCAAAUAAGCUCGAAACUAAAGGAGACAGAGAGCAGUGCUGGAGAAGAGAUGAGGGAGACAUCAACAAACAUGCAAAGUCUGAGUCGAAAUGGAACGAUCCUGUUGGAGUUGAAGAGGUGUUAUACAUCACAGCGCCUCAAUGAGCUCCAAGCCAGAUUAAGCCAAAUGAGACAGUGCCAGCUGUUUGACAGCAGGCUGAAAGAUGGAAACGAAGGCUGUAAAGAAAGCAAUGAAGGCUCUGAUCAACACAGAGAAAAGGAGCACAAUCCUGCAAGGGAUCCUUGAAGUCCUACCUAUCAACAGCGGUCAUCCAAUAUUUCAGCCCAUCAGAAGCCAAGCCCACACAGGCUAGAGAGCACUAAUGUUUUAGAUUAUACAAUAGGGAGUUAUAUUUCUGACCAGCAGCAAAAUGGCUCUGUUCAGUCUAAUAAUCCUGAUACAACAAUGGCUAUGACUAAGACCAAAGGUCAGUUCUACUAAAAAAUGUCAGAAGGAAUUUAGAGCCUAAUAGUGAGACCAAAUGGGAAAUGGAAAAGGACACAGAACUAUGACAAACAUGUUUUUGAUGUUUUGUUUUGUUAGAUGGCAAUGUUGUACUCCUAUUUCCUGCCCUCUGCAACUUCCCAUCUGUUAUUUUUAACCUAUAAUAGCUUUGAGGUAAUCUUUGUACAAGAUAAUACUCUGUUUUGUUUGCUAAAGCAUGAUCCCAGUAAUCUCAGUCUUAGCAUGCAUCAGCUUUAAAACAUUUCAGCUGUGCUCUGUUAACUCCCAGCGAUAACAGGCUAAACUAUGCCACCGAGUUGCAGUAUAACAGUCUUUAAUCUUUCCAAAUAGGUUCCCUGUCAGGUGUGGAUAAAGAGAGUGGA